AUGGGCCAUACCCUGGGCAGCUUCUGGAGCCUCUUGUGGACCUUGAUGUUGUUGCGUUUCCCGCUGCAAGGAGUCUAUGGAUUCUUCCCCAACUUCUGGUCCCGCCCCAUGACUUUUGCCUGGGGCUCCGUCACACACCAAGACAUGACCGAGGAUGCCAUCCUCAGCGUCACCUUGCGGCUUUUCACGGAGGUGCCUCAUCCCAAGGGGAAGCGCAUCCGAGAGGAGGACUUCCAGGUGAUGUCAUUGUGGUGUGCAUGCUUUCUGCGCACACCAGAAGAUCCAGGGACCCAGGCUGGAGCUCCCCCCGAGCAGCCAGCUGACACCCAAACUUGCAGCAGCUGUCCUUACUGGACGUGUGAAGGAAACCUUGUAGAAAGCCUUGCUACUAAAGGACUUUUGACCACAGGUUACUAUGGCACCAAGCCAGAGAAACCAAAAGGGAAGUGCAGUCAUGGCGGGACAUUUGAUGACAGCCGUUACAGAGAUCCACAUGGUGGUAUCAACAAGGACAGUUCAUCCUUCCUCUUCUCGCCUCACCACUAUCUGCAUAGCGAAGCAGCCGUGUUGGCCCAGGAGGCUUCGACCCACUUCCUGGAGAUGCUGUGGCGGGAUAUUGGGAGCAAGCAGUUCAUGAGGCCCCUCCUGCCCAAACUGCCCUCAAAUCACCUUAUGGUGCAGACAGGAGUCGUCACCGUCAAUUAUUUUGGCCCGAUGCUUAAGACCAGUGACCCAGAAAAGUUCUGGGAAUUGCUCGACACCAUCCACCCUUUGGGCGGCAAAGAUGAGCCAGAGAUGUGCCUUUCUGCACUCGAGCUUGCCCUCCAGAACUCGCCUCCAUACUCCGAGCUCUUUGUCUUUACCGAUGCGUCAGCUAAAGAUGCUCACCUCAAGAACAGUGUGGAAGCCCUCAUCCAGGAGCAAAAAUGCAAGGUCACCUUCCUAAUCACAGAAGAUCCCUCUAGGACCCGGGUGAAACGGGAAACGCUCGCCCCAGACCGAUUCAACCUCUACAUAGACCUAGCUCACAGCUCGGGUGGUCAGAUACUAUUUACGAACAACGAGAACAUACGACGGGUGGCUGAAGUCAUCGGCGAAUCCAGCAUAUCUUCGGUGACCCUCUUCAGCCACCAGAAGGGAGCCAUCUUCAGCCUGGAGGACUCCCCCAAGAGGACAAGAAGGCAAGCAGCAAAACAGGAGGUUCACCCGUUUUGGAUUGACAGCCUGGUUGACAAAGUGGUCAUGACUAUCCAAGGUGCCAUUUGGGCCUUCACCAUCCGGGAUCCUACAGGUUCGGCCCAGAGGUCUACACUGGUUCGUGGUCCCUUAGCCGAGAUCCAGUCCAUCGGAGGCAUCUACAGAGUGUUACUUUUGUCCCCUGUCCUCCCUGGAGAAUGGACCCUGACGCUUCAUCCCACAGGCAACUACUCCGUACACAUCCAGGGUCAGAGCACCCUUGACUUCCUGCAUUACUUUGCCGUUCCAGUGGAUGGACGACACCCUGGGCUUCUGAAAAUGGACAGCAGCCCCAUAGAAGGGGUUCCGGUAUACUUGGUUGUUACGGCAACGGGCUUGAGCCAACCAGAGUCCGGCUCGGUUCAGCUGGAGGCCGUGAACUUGGCCGGGAAGACAGGCAGCCUCGGGGAGAUGCAUUUGCAGAGAGACGCCAACAAGACGGAUCUGUUCGUGGCCAAGCUGCCUCCGUCCCUGUUGGCCAACGGCAGCUUCACAGUAAUCCUGCGCGGUGUAGACAGCGAGGGGCGGAAGGUGGAGAGAGCGGCUCCCCAGGUGGCCACCGUGGUGGGAUCCCUGCUGGAGCUGAGCAGAGACACUCCUGUGUUCCCAGGGAAGCCGGUUUCCGUCACCUGGAAGCUGACAAAUCCGGGUUCACUCAAGCAGUACGGUCUGAAGGCGAGCAGUGUUCCCCAGCUCCCGGUUAACAUCUCCAGCUCCAGGCUACGGUUAGGCCUUAACGAAACUGAGACAGGGCAGAUCACUCUUCAGGUACCGGGCGCCGCUGUUCCUGGCUCGGUGAUCACCAUCACCCUGCAAGCCGGUUCUCUGCACCCAGCGGGGGAUCCUACGUUUGCCCAUAUCCACUUGCUGGUGAUGCCACCCCCUCCAGUACGCAACUUUUCGUUGCCGUUCUGCAACGCCUCCUGGGUCAGGGGUUCCUGCGGUCCUUCUCCGCUCCAGUGCCACGCAGGCCAUUGGACAGCCACUUUGCGGAUCUGGGACGAAGCCGGUGUUCGCUCCGUGCAGGCGGAGGGAGGUGCCGUGGUCCCCCACCAAGCUGACGGGCCGGCAGAGUCGGUCAGCUACACCUCAGACUGCUGCUCGCGGGAGGCCACGCUGGUGGUCACCAACCGGCUCGGGGAAAAGUAUCGGUGCCGGGUGGAAGCGCCCCGAGAAGUUCCUGGGAAAGUGGUGGGUUCGACACUGCCUGAAACUCCUAGCAGGGGAGCUGCUGCUGCUGCUGUUAUCGCCCCCUGGUGGCAAGUGUUGGUUGCUUUCCUGGUAACCUGUUCAGCUCUGUGA